AUGUCACAGGUUCAACGUUCACAGCCAGCGUCGUCCGAGUCCAACUCAUCCAACAGCAACCGUAACCCUCAGCCAUCGCAAAACGCACAAUCACCAUUAGACUGGGCCAACUUUAUGAAUUUCCAACAGACACCACCUGUCGCAUUCAACAGGGCACACGGCUACCCUCAGCAAGAGGAGCAAUAUAACAACUUUGCACAUGGGAUCUCCAUGUCACAUCCAUCCCCUUCCACCAUCAACUUUCAGCAACCCCUUCCUAGGACAUCUUCAAGUUCCUCUCGUCCAAAUCGUCAGUACAGCCAAAGUUCAUCAUCGUCACAACCUCAGCUUCCCACGUAUCAGGUCCCUUCUCAUACACCCCCUCAAGAUACACGGCCAAGUGAAGACCACGCAGGGAAUGGAAAGGGCAAGUCGCCCGCGACCAAGACCGCAGAAACACAGGACAAUGGUUUGACCUUGGACCCAUCAGCCUUCUCCCGUGAUAUACGUUUCCAGGUCCCUGCUUUCCUCACCAAUCAAGUCGGUGGUGCACCAACGUUCCCACCCGGAGGUGAAGCUUGGAGUGGAUUCAGUGGAGCAAAUCUGUUUGGCCAAGACUCUGGUCAACUCACGCCUGGGACUAUCUUUUCCAACGCUUUUGGGCUGAACAAUGCAUCGGAUAAUAGUCAGACGUAUUGUGAUCCCAAUGUCCAGGAGUUUAUGCAGCAAAAUGGAGGGUGGGACAAUUUCAAUGCAGACCAUGCCAAACAUGAUACGAAUCAUCUAAAUCCCGCUGCCAUGUUUUACGUCAACCCUAACCCCAGUCCAAACGUUCUUGCCCCUCGUCAUCCCCCUGCUUCAUCCGCCAUCACCAUACCUGGACGUCGACAGCAGGCGAACCCACCGCAGAGUCCUCGUCACAGUCAAACCCAACCCAGUCCCCGCACAUCCAGUUCGAUGCCUACCUCUGCUAUCCUCCCACAACAGCCGAGCUUCCCUCAAUUGUCAUAUGUGCCUUCAGUAUCAAACGACAAUAAUUCGGCAAGCACUAUCAAUAUCGCUUCCUCGUCGACAGCACCGUAUGCUCCCCCUUCCAACACACAGUCACUUCUCGCCGGUCCAAUGCCACCCCAUCUGACUGAUGGUCCAGGGUUGUAUUCCACCACCGGUUUUGAUAUGGUCGGUGUACUAGCUCGAGUCGCCGCAAGACGGGAUCCUGGAACCGUGUUGGGACCUGUUGAUCUCAGUUGUAGCUUCCUCGUAGUGGACAUUCGCCGGUAUGACUCACCGAUUGUAUAUGCGAGUCCCAGUUUCAGCAAUCUAACAGGAUAUGACCUCCCUCAAAUACUCGGUCGAAACUGUCGAUUCCUGCAGUCCCCUGACGGAGAUGUCGUCAAAGGCUCCAAACGAAAGUAUACCGAUAACACCGCUGUUGCACAUCUCAAGCGCAUGCUCAACGCUGGGAAAGAAUGUCAAGCUUCACUCAUCAAUUACCGUCGCGGAGGUGUCCCCUUUAUCAACCUUGUGACGGUCGUACCGAUUCCCUGGGACGGCACGGAUAUCGUCUAUCACGUUGGAUUCCAGGUUGAUCUGGUCGAACAACCCAAUGCGAUACUACGGAACAUGCGCGAUGGCAGUUAUCAAGUCAACUAUACCGUAUCAAACCCACCAGAAAAGCCUUUACGACCUCCUGUUAGAGAGAUUGGCAUCACCGGUCUGAGUCAAGAGGUCAUGGAGAUCAUGGGGCCAAGAGUUAAUACACUAAGCAGCGGUUCAGGCGAAGAAGCAGGGAGAAUGGAGUGGUUGAAAAUGGUUUUGGAUAAUACGGACGAUUUCGUACACGCCCUAUCGCUCAAAGGUUUUUUCCAAUACGUCUCGCCUUCUGUUCGAAGGGUUCUCGAGUACGAGCCUGAAGAGUUGUUGAACAAGAAUAUUUCCGAGUUCGCCCAUCCUUCCGAUAUAGUUCCUCUUAUGCGGGAGCUCAAAGACUCGACACACGUCCCUGCCGAUGGGUCUACUGCUCGUCAUGUCAAUCUGGUAUUCCGAAUUCGAAGAAAGACGUCUGGUUACAUCUGGAUCGAAAGCGUCGGUCGAUUAGUUGUAGAAGCAGGAAAGGGCCGGAAAGCUGUAAUUCUAAGCGGUCGAGCUCGUGCCGUUCCAGCUCUUCCUUGGGAUUCGAUAUCAAAGUAUGGCGGAUUGGCGGAAACCGAAUUUUGGGGGAAAAUCUCCUUCCAAGGUUUAUUGCUACACGCCACGCAAGGUGUAGAUGGUGUUCUAGGUCAACCGCCAGAGGAUUUAAUCGGACAGAGUUAUUUUUCGCUUCUACCUGGUGGAGACAAUGGCCCUCCUUCCACGUCGUUGCUUCAAGCCGAUCCUUCCGCCCCCGUUGCUUUGGUUUCAAGCGCAAUCAGAAAAGUUCUCCACGGCGAGACACGCAAUGGCGCGGUGUCUAUACAGCACAAGCUUGUGCACAAAUCAGGCAAUCAGCUUGAUGCGAUCACCACCAUUUACGCACCUCGACGAACGAUCCCUGAUAUUGGCAGCAAUGAAGACGAUACGAGUAGUGUUGCUGAAAGCGAGACAUCACGUCCUUCAAGCCACGACAUGGCAUCGAUCACCGGCAUUCCUCCCACCAGUUUGGUCAUCCAGGUCAAAUUGAUACUAUCCCCCAUCCCCAAUGCCAGCAUACAGACAAUCACUCACGCACGACCUGUCGUUCAUGCACCCACCUCUAACCUGUUCGAGGAACUCGAAACCACUCGUGGCACUUCAUGGCAAUACGAGUUGCAUCAGCUUCGUCUGCUGAAUCGACGGUUGAAGGAGGAUAUAGCGGCUGCAAAAGCACGCGGGGCAGGGAAAAACAAGAACAGAAAGCGCAAGUUGGAAUCGGGUGUUGGAGAAAUGGGUCCUCCAGCGCUACCUUUUACCGCCAGUGUGCUCGAUCAAUAUAAAGCUGCGCCUCGACAUCAGCUCGCUCCAGGAUUCGGAUUAGUCACACCCGCUAUGGGCAAUGCGUUUUACUAG